GCGGGCGCUGAUUGGCUGGCUGGGUAGAGACGGGAGAGACGUCAGCUGCUGGGAGAGAGAGGGCGACAUGGCAGACAAGACGCUCUGGUGUGCACAUGUCCAGACUGGCGAGGAGAGACUCAAAGAUGGCGGCGUGUCCACUAUAUCAUCAGUUGAGCAGGCCAAGGUGGAGAAGAGUGUGGGUGCAAUGCUGAACUGCUUCCUUAGCUUGGGCAAGCAUGAGAGCAAGCAGCCAGUGCUGGAGCGGGAGAGCCACAUCGCGUACCUGCGACGUGGCCUGAAGCACCUCCCAGAGGGUUUUGUGAGUCUGGAUGCCAGCCGGCCCUGGUUGGUGUACUGGGCCGUGCACGCCCUGGAGAUCCUGGAUGCAAGGCUGACGGAUGCUGAGGCUUCUGCUGUGGUGGACUUCCUGAGGCACUGCCAGAACCCCACUGGUGGCUUUGGCGGUGGCCCGGGCCAGUACUCCCACCUGGCGCCAACCUAUGCCGCUGUGAAUGCCCUGGUCAUCAUCGGCACCAGGGAGGCAUAUGAUGCCAUCAACAGAGAGACACUUCAGGAAUUCUUGUGGAGUCUGCGUACAGAGGAAGGGUCGUUUCGGAUGCAUGAGGGAGGCGAGGUGGACAUUCGAGGGGUGUACUGUGCUGUGUCUGUGGCGCGGCUCACCAAUGUCUCCACCGAGGGACUCUUUGCCAACACUCCCCACUGGAUCAUGAGGUGUCAGUCAUAUGAGGGCGGGUUCAGUGGGGCACCGGGCAUGGAGGCUCACGGAGGCUACACCUUCUGUGGCCUGGCCGCCCUCACGCUGCUGCAUGCUCACCACCUUUGUGACACUCCCUCUCUCCUGAGAUGGGCAGUGAAUCGGCAGAUGCGAUUUGAGGGAGGCUUCCAGGGGCGGACCAACAAGCUGGUGGAUGGCUGCUACUCCUUUUGGCAGGGUGGACUCUUCCCCAUCCUGCACACCCUGCUGGCCCAGGAAGAUGCCCAAAACCUGAGUGCUGAACACUGGAUGUUCAGCCAGGAGGCGUUGCAGGAGUACUUGCUGAUAUGCUGCCAGCAUUCCCGGGGUGGACUCAUUGACAAGCCUGGGAAGGGUCCCGACUUUUACCACACAUGCUACACACUGAGUGGCAUGUCAGUAGCCCAGCACUUCACCACCACAGCAAUACACAAGAAGUGUGUCGUUGGCCAUCCUGCCAAUGAAUUGGUCCCAGUGCAUGCUCUGUACAAUGUAGGGGUGGAGGCAGCUGUCAUGGCCUCCCAGUACUUCAACAACUUACCUGUGCCUCAAUCAAGGCCACGCAAGACUGCAGAGGACAGUGGAUGUUAUCAAGAGGAAAAAGUUCAAACUUAAAGAAUAUUAUUAAGCUAAGAUAUUAGAUCUGUCUUUUAUUUGUACAUAUAUUUUGUGAGAUGGAAUGAUGAUCAGGGGUUGAAAGAUACUGAUGAUUCUUUUUACAAAGUGCACUUGAUUACUCAAAGUAAGCAACUGUCUUCAUUAAAACCCAAAUUUUGAACUGAACAUACAAAAAUAGUGUGUAUCAAGAUGUCCAAGCAAAACGAGUUUGUGGAACACAUCCAGCAUUUACUGACACCGUUAGGAAAAUGCUUAAUUUAUUCAUUCACAAGUAUGACAUUCAUGAAAGAAGCGGUGGCGUUGUCAAUCCAAGGAUCAGAAAAUGAGUCUGAACAUCAUUGGUCGAGUCAUCAAGAAAUUUGUGCUUUGUUUUAAAAAAUGUUCAGUGCCACAGAUACAAACAGUUUAGUGAUGCACAUGGCAUUCUGGUGCAGUGGUGCACUAAGUGUUGCAGCACCAGUGGCUUACCUCCUGCUGCACCAGGACUGUUCCCGAGCUUCCAUUGCCAGGACGUGCUGGAUCUUGCUUCACUCAGCACAAGCACCUCAGCUCUGUUCACCAAGUGUUCCCUUCCUUUAGUUUGUUCACUCAGGAACUAAGGAGGAGAGUUUGUGCACCACUGUGCUUGUUAAUGCUGCAAGGUGCUUAUAUCAGAUUGUUCCCUGUCUUUUUACACAUCUUCAGCUGCUUCACUGACAAUGACAUUAGGUCUGGAUAUCAAUGGAUUCUUUGCAAUAUUGUAUCACAGCAUAGUUUGGUGAACUGAGUGCCAGUGUAAGCCAAAUCAACUGGUGUUCAUAUACUGUGUUGGGAACCGUUAGCACCGUGUUGUCUUGUUGAGUAGCAUCAGUGAACGACCCUAAUGAAAUGAGAGGAAUGCGAGUAAGUAAUUUGUAAGUGUGUGUGGUUUUGAAUGCAAGUGUGAAUGUGCUGUAUUUCUCUGUACUGGCAUCCUCCAGGCAGUGAGGUGCUGGCACUGUGUGAAUGGUGACUGUCCUGAUGAUUCAUUCACAAUUUUGUAAGGAUGUACAUGGUCUUGAAUGAUGGGCAUUACAUGAAGGUGUUUGUAUGGAUUUUGUAGCAGCAAGACUUGUCAUAGGCAACUAGGAAACAAAAACUAGUGGUGGCAUUUAUUUCAAACAUCUGCAGUAACACAUCAGUAUUGUCUCGUAUAUACAGGGUGUCUCACGAGUUUGUACAAAUACAUUGGAAUAUGAUAGUUCAAGCAAUUCUAAGUUGAAAAUACUCUGUACACAUAAACUAUGAUUUGCUUUAUUUUGUGAGAAAUUAAUGUGCAAGUUGUUUGUUGUGGGAGCUGCUCACCUAGGUGAGCCUCUGCCUCCCUCCCUUGGCUUACUAUGUACUCAAGUGGCACCGCACGGUAUUAAGUGAUAAUUUUUUGUGUACAGUCAAAUCCUUACAGGAAACAGCAAAUGACAGAUUAAAUUUUUGUAUGUGUCAGUGAAGAAAAUGUACAGGUAACAAGGCAACACAGUGGUUAUAAGUGCUAUUUUGUAAGAUGUACAUGGCAACUCACUGCAAAUGUCAUCCCCCCUGACAGUUGACGUCUUGAUACCUAAGUAAAAGGCCUCAUUUGUCAAUCAACUCUGCAGGUGUCAUCCCCUUUGACAGUUGACAUCUUGACAUUUCAGUGACAAGCCUCAUCAACCAACUGGCUGCCGAAGUGCAUCUUUUUGCUCCUGUUGUUCCUUAUCUGCUCUGUAGCUUCUUCAGUGCAGUGAAUCACUUCCCCCAUGUUCUUGUACACCAAGGAUUUCAUGUAUCACCAAAAGAAGAAAUCCAUUGGUGUUAGGUCAGGGGAUCUUGCUGGCCAUCCCUGUGGGCCUCCAUCCAUCAGCAUACUGAUCCCAUGGGAUCUUGAACUAUCUUAUCCUAAGGUAUGUACUUUAACUUGCAGGACAUCCUGUAUAACAUCAAGGACUGAAACUACAUUGUUUAUUUAUUUAAAAUUUGUUGAGAAGGUGACUUACUAAUGUCUUUUUUUUUUUUUAUAGUCUGGCAAUAUCACACAUGGUGAGGUUACCUGAACAUCAGUUAGUCUUUUUACUGCUGGAAGAACUUGAUGUUGGCUGAGCAGGGGAAUUCCCUUUGAACUAUGUUGCCAUGUCUCUACAGGACCAGUUAUUAGUUUAACACCUUGGUGGCAAGCAACCCUGCUACUUUCUCUGGAGGGUGCAACAAUAGGACCUCUACUGGCUUUCUCCUCGUAAAAAACACUUGUGUUGUAAAUAUGUUCUUUCUCCAGGCUGUGAAGAACAUGAGACCACUUGGGAGUUGCCUCCAUCACGGGAGUGACCCCUCAGAGGCUGACCCACAUUCUCUCUCUCUCUCUCUCUCUCUCUGAUCUGAAUCACGUGACCCUACUGAUAAGCACCCUGGAUGCUCAACCUACAUGCCAAUGCCAUAAAGCUACAUUGUCAUAUAUGAUAUUUUAUGUAAAACCCAGACUAUUUAUCAUCUUGAAACCCAAACCAUUCUUGGCACUGCAUAGUUUCAUGGGCUAAAUAAUCCAUUGAAUUUCAAUGAAAAGAAAAAAACUGAUAUACUUAAGAGAAAUUUUGUGAUGUGGCAGAAUAGCUAACGGCUCAGCCAAGAGAAAUUUUGUGAUGUGGCAGAAUAGCUAACGGCUCAGCCAAUGCUCAAAUGUUCUUCUGACAGUAAAAAGAGUAUAGUCACAAAGUGUGUGUUGCCACAGUACCAUCCCUGCACCAAGCCACUCUGUAAUCACAGGUAGGGACCAGUGAAGUGUUGUCUUGUAGUUUUGACUUCCUUAUCAAAACAUCAGAAUGGGAUUAUACACAAUUUAUGGUCUUCUUUCCUCCUUAAGGGAGUUAAUGCAAGGAGUUGUCUUUGGGAAGUGGUGUGAGGUGCUCUGAAAGUAGUUUCAUUGCAGGCAAAGGAUUAACUUGGAAGGGAACAACACAAUCUUCCCUUAGUCACAAAAUGGGCAUGGGAGGGACUUGUUCUUGUGCUGCUUUGAAAGUACCCAAGUAACUUAAAUUUACCAAGAUAUCCUUGACUAUGAGUGGAGUGAUGCAUGGGUGAUGACAUAUGAUGGACAUAUUGACAGACCUGUUAAAUAAAAUAAAAACUAAA